UGUCGGUUGUCAUUUUGAUUGAUAUUCCUAGAAGUUUGUAAACAAAUUCACACCUCCAUAACAAAUUUUUAGCGGCUGCGUUUGGAUCUACUUUGCUAACGUUUAUUUAAUUGUACGACGUCUCAAUCGUAACCUUCUCAAAUGGAAAUCACAACAGAAAAUUUCAAGGAACAGCUUCCAUCUAUUCGAAAAACUAUCCAGGAGGCAAACUUUUUUGCGUUUGAUAGUGAAUUCACCGGAUUAACCACGGAUCGUAACAUAUUUUCUUUCGAUACCCCGGAAGAGGUGUAUCAGAAAACGAUUGAAAAUUCGUCCAAUUUCACAAUAAUCCAACUUGGCCUGUGUGCUUUCCGUGUCGAACCGGAAACCCGUCAGGUGACAUACAAAUGCUAUAAUUUCUAUUGCUACCCAAAAGGUAGGUUUAAUGUGUUCACCUGUCAAGGAGAUAGUAUGCGGUUUCUAGCCGAAAAUGGGUUCGAUUUCAAUAAGCUUUUCCGGUAUGGCCUGUCCUUCUGCGUGGAAACAGAUGAGCAGCGUUUGAGGACUGAACUACGCGAAAGACAAGAACAGCGAGCAAACGCACUGCAAGACGAGGAUGUUUCUGACGGAGAGACUGCUUCAGUUAAUAUGGUUCCCGUUCCUCCAGGAGAGGAAAAACUGCUUUCGGAUAUAACUGAACGGAUUGAACAAUUUUUGACUUCAGAGAAUAAGGACCUAACAAUUAAAGACUGUAACGGGUUUCAACGCAAAUUGGUGUACCAAUUGCUGGAGUCCAAGUACAAGAAGAAGAUUUCGACGAGUGCGGUCCAUUUGGCAAACAAUCACAAAGGAAUAUUAAUCGAGCGAAAGCGAACCAAGGAAGAAGAACUGAAGCUGGAAGAAGAGCGCGUAACUCAGGAGAACGAUGAACUAAACAAUAUGAUUGGUCUCUCUCUGGUUCUUCAGGAGCUGUCCAAAUCUAAAAAGCUUAUAGUUGGUCACAACAUGUUGCUAGACUUAUUAUUUGUAAUUAGACAAUUUUUUCGCCCACUACCCGCCGACUAUCAGGAAUUUAAAAAGACCGUUCGGGAACUAUUUCCACACUUACUAGAUACUAAGUACCUGUGCACGAAUGCAGAGCUGAAGCUUCAUGUCAACUCGUCGGUUCUUGGACACGUGUUUGAAUCGGUGCAAAAGGAACCAUUCAAGAUACCGGAGGUUACUUCUGGUUGCGACGAUCACGAAUACUCUACAAAUGACUCGAAGCAGCACGAGGCUGGCUAUGACGCGUAUGUAACGGGUCUUUGCUUUCUUGGACUCAUUAGCUAUUUUAAGACCGAUUUGCUGGAUUUGCAGAAUGAUCCGAUAUUGAAGAGUUACUUCAACAGAAUAUUCUUGCUUCGGCUCGCAGAUGUCAAUUACAUUUAUACGCAUGGUAAAGAGCCAUCUAUAUCGCGGGAACACGUAUUUUUCAUAACUUUUCCGGAAAACUGGCGUUCGACGGAUAUUCUCAUUCGGUUUCGGAACUAUGGGCAAGUGCAUAUAAAUUGGGUUAAUAACAACUCAGCGUUUGUUACCUUGCACAACCGUGACUAUGCAAGCCAUGUGAUCAAAACCAUUGAUAAAUCGUCGUCCUUGUUUACGAUUUGCACGUUCAACCAAUUCAAGGCAAAGCAGCAAUGUGCUGGAACUAAACGGCGAUACGAUAGUGGUGGUUUUGAGAGAAGGAAUAGUAUGUGCGGCAAAACCAAAAAAGAAGAAAAAUCGCCAACCAUAACUUUGCCAGUGGUAACAAGUAAGGAAAUAGUUUCCUUUGGAGCUGGCAGCCAACCCAAGAAAGCAAAGAAAACGGAGUUCGCGGAAAACGAUGACUGGUAGCCUUAUGCAUUUUGACUAUUUUUAUGAUGUCAGUUCUGAUCGAUACCCUUAGCGUUGUAAAACGUUAUAGACGGUGUCACAAGUAAUAAAAAAGUAUUUCCAAUCGUGUCGAAAA